AUGUCUAAGUAUCAAUUGAAAUGGGGCAUCCUCGCCACAGGCGGGAUCGCAGAAAGCUUUGGACGCGACCUGAGCGUGAAUCCGGAAACACGAGACCGCAAAGACAUUGAGCAUGUCAUUGUCGCAGCAGCCUCGUCCUCUUCCUCCGACCGGGCGAAGAAGUACCUGAAAGCGGUCAACGCGCCUGACUCCGCGAAAGCGUACGGCUCGUACAAGGAGCUUGUGGAGGACUCCAAUGUGGACAUCAUCUACGUUGCUACACCGCACAGCCAUCACUACCAGAACACGAUGCAGUGUUUGGAGGCUGGCAAGAACGUGCUGUGCGAGAAGAGCUUGACGGUGAAUGCGGCGCAGGCUGAGGCGUUGAUCAAGAAGGCCAAGGAGAAGAACCUGUUCUUGAUGGAGGCUCUCUGGACUCGCUACUUCCCACUCUCAAUCUACGCCCGCGAAAUGGUGACCUCCGGCAAACUCGGUACGGUCGAGCGCACCUUCGCAGACCUGAGCUUCGGCUCAGCACCCGAAACGAGCUUUGAAGACAGCCACCGCAUGGUCAACCCCGAUCUCGCCGGCGGCGCACUUCUCGACUUAGGUAUUUACGCCCUAACAUGGGUCUUUCAAACCCUCUACACCACCCAGAAGAACCCACAGCCACCCACAGUCCAGAGCAGCAUGCGCAAGUACGAGAAGACAGGCGUCGACCAACAGACAACCAUGCUCCUCUCGUUCCCACGCAAAGAGCAAGGUGACGCGCACGGCAUCGCAACAACCGGCAUGCGCGUCGCCAGCGACCCCAACGGCAAUAUGGAGGCUCCUGCCAUCCGUAUCCAAGGCAGCGAGGGCGAGUUGAUGGUCUUCCCACCUGCGUUUCGACCUACUCGUACGAAGUUGGUGCUCAAAGACGGCACCGUUGACCAGAAAGAAUGGCCGCACCCUGGUCCCGGCCCUGGCUCUGGUUUUAAGAACGGCUUUGGAGGGAAUUUCAUGCCAGAGGGAGAGGGAUUCGGUAUGUUCUGGGAGGCGGACGAAUGUGCGUACGCUUUGAAGGAGGGGAGGAAGGAGGGCAAGUAUGAGAGCUUGGAUGAGAGUUUGGUGAUCAUGAAAGUGAUGGACGAGGUACGAAAGCAGCAUGGGUUUACGCUGCCGGAGAAGAUUGAGACGACGAAAUACCCGGUGGAUUUGUAG